CCCUCGUAGCACAACCGAAUAUACCGACGAAGAACAUCUCUUUCAGUGAGAAGUCAACAGAAACGAUGGAUUCCUUGCAAUUCCCAGUGAAACAAGUGUAUGAUGAUGAUGAUGGAAUCCAGGCUAAACCAGAAAAAUCCAUGGAAGAAGAUUUCAUUGAACAAGUGUGUGACGACGGAAAUAAGUGUUGUAAUCCCUGCAUCUUCAGAACUCCUUUCCCUGGAUUACAAUUCCAGGAGCCUCAAUUGGCUUCUAUUGGCCCUUUUCACUGCACCAAAACCCUCCCGCUUCAACAAUACAAGUACUCCUUCCUCCACAGUUUCGUAUCGCGGGUAAAGAGACGAGACAAAGAUUUACGAUUCUUUGUCCGACAGAUGACGGCUCUUGAGCGGCGCGCUAGAAGAUGCUACUCCGAGGAAGUGUCGAUGUCGAGUCCCGAAUUCGUCGAAUCGAUGUUGGUCGACGGUUGCUUCGUAAUGGAGGUUCUUCUGGGGAAUUUUGGUGGAGGAUCUGAAGAUUGGCGUUUCCCAAUUGAACCAUGGCAGCUUCCCAUUUUGGUUCAAGACCUGCUCAUUCUAGAGAACCAAAUCCCUUUCUUUGUUUUGGAGAUGUUGUUUGAGUCACUGGGGAGCCAGGGCCAAGAAGGGUCACCAGCAGUUUCUUUAUGCACCAUGGCCCUGAAGUUUUUCGAUCUGGUCUUCCCUCGAUCGACGGAUAUCAGCUGCGAAUUCGACCAUUUGGAACCCCACCAUUUACUUGAUUUGUUUCUCCAAUCCAUCCGCCCAUUGGAUCCAAGCCGUUUCCAUAUGAAGACUACGAUCUUCCCGAAUUUUGUUUACUCACUUCUGAAGAAAUUGGAUGUCAGAAACCAAGCUGAUGCCUCAAAGAAAGUUGACAAUGUAACCAAUCUGAAGUUGAAGGGGGUUGAACAUGAACAACAAUGUGAUCCUCUACCGCCAUUUCACUUAACAAUGAAUGUAACAGAACUCCAAGCAUCGGUUAUAAAAUUGAGGCCGAGAAACGUUGCUAGGUUCACCGAUAUCGAUUUCAAGAAUGGGGUGCUUGGAAUCCCGUCUAUAACCAUUGAUGACCUCUUCAUCGCCAUCCUUGUUAACUGUGUGGCCUUCGAGCAUAGUUCUAAGACAGGCUCCAAAGACUUGACUGCUUAUGUCUCUUUCAUGAGUAGGCUCAUGAAACGUCCUGCUGAUGCGGAGUUGCUAUGCUCAAAUGAAAUCAUCUCAAGUUUUUCUCACAAUGACCCAAAAGUGGUAAAAUCUUUUCAUUUUCUCUGGCUACAUAUUCCCUACUUCGACGUCCAACAUUCCUAUCUUUCCAAGAGAUUGAAGGAACUAGAGUGCUACUAUACAAGAUAUGAAAAGGCUCGGUGGUGGUCGAGUUUCGUGUCGAGAUAUUGGACAACUCUGUUCUUCUGCAUCACAAACCUGUUGUUUGAUUUCAACCAUUUAAGAUCGGGUGUUAAUCUGAUGAUCCAUUUGGUGGUACAACAAGUUAAAUUUAAUGGCAUAUAUCCAGAGUUUGAGGGUAAUACUAAUAUCACAUGUCCUCAAGACUAUAGCUCUUUUAUCUGUUAUUCUGUUUUCUGUGUCGCUCGCUUUAUAUAUAACAGAGUGAGAGGGCGUGUGAAAUCCAUGGACUUGAGCCUUAGCAAGUUCACGGCCUUCCUUUUCAUCAUUGUUGUCAUUGUCAUUAUGAUGUUCGUGGUUUCUGAAACCCCUACUCCAACACUCACAGUCGACAAACAAGUUAUAGACGAUGAAAAUUCGGUCACGGUCGAAGGUUCUUCGAGAGUCAAUGAGAAACAUGUGGGGGCAAAAGACAAACAAAUAGAGGUUGAAAAUCCAUCGAAGAGGAGGGACACCAGUAGAGUGCCAUGGCUUUCAGAGACAGUAAGUGGGGAGAAAUAUGAAAUCAUUGUGGAUUGUGUGAGCAAGGAUAAAGAUGACAAGUAUUAUAAUGAGCCAUGGAGAAGAAUAUUGGAACAUGAAGUGGUUCGGAUGCUGGUUUCGGCUUUGAGAGUCGCGUGAACAAGUGGUAUAUAGAAAUCUUCAAUGGACAGUAUCUUUUGGUCUGAAAAUCUAUGCAUGAUCUUAUUUGAUGUUCUUUUUCUUGUGCUAAAUGGUUGUGGAGAGUACUUUGAGUUUAGGAAAUGGAAUUCAAUAGUAUUAACAUCCUUGUGGAAA